AAGAUUGACGAGGAAUCAUAUAUUUCAUGUUAUAAUGAUAGUUGAAAUUCGAGAAUAAUGCAAAUUUGUGUUAGAAGAAAUCGACCGUUAUGCCACCGAGGAUUAAUCACCAGCAUCAGCCUCCUCGUUCCACUAAUCAAUUCCUACCCUACUUGGCCUUCAUCAUCUUUUCCGCCAUCUUCGUCUUCAAGUUGGACAUACUUAUUUCGCAGAAGAUCUUCACAACUGAACAUAAUCAAGAAAGGACAAUAUAUAAAAGCAUUAAUCAAUCAUCAGACAACACAGUUGAAGCUCGAAAUGGAACGUUUAACCAGCACUUCAUCGUGUCUUGGGGCGAGGAACACGCGCGUGUGCUGAACGAGGGAGAGCUCCUGACGUUGUCCCUUGACAGGAAAUCCGGCUCCGGCUUCCAAUCAAGGAGAGAGUUGUUGUUCGGAAAAGUGGACAUGCAAAUGAAGCUUGUCCCGGGCAACUCCGCAGGCACAGUCACAACUUAUUAUUUUUCAUCACAUGGCGACUUCCAUGACGAGAUAGAUUUUGAAUUUUUGGGGAAUUCAAGUGGAAAUCCGUACACACUCCACACUAACAUCUUCAGCCAAGGGAAGGGUGAGAGGGAGCAGCAAUUCUUUCUUUGGUUUGACCCAACUGCAGAUUUUCAUACUUAUUCCAUUCUUUGGAAUCCCAAAUGCGUUAUGUGGUUGGUGGACAACAUUGCUAUAAGGGAGUUCAGGAACAUAGAGAAUUUAGGCGUUCCAUACCUUAGAGAUCAACCAAUGAGGAUUUAUUCGAGUUUGUGGGACGCCGAGGAUUGGGCGACGCAGCACGGCCUAGUGAAGACCGACUGGAGCCUCGCCCCAUUCACAGCCGCCUACAGGAAUUACUCCCUAGACGGCUGCGUCUGGUCGCGGCUCACGAGAACCUCCUCGUGCACGGACGCCGACUUCUCCACGAAGGAAGUGCUCACCACGGAGCUGGACAGCCAGAGUAGGGCCAGGAUGAAGAAGCUGCAAAGGGACCAUAUGGUCUAUGAUUAUUGCAAGGAUAGAUGGAGGUUUCCUAAGGGCCCUGCCCGUGAAUGCAAACAUAAUUAGUUUCAUUGCAUUUUUUCAUUAUAAAAAAAACUAACUUGAUUGUCUUAGAUUAGAUUGGAGGGGACGGUUUUGUUCAUUUCACUAUGUGCAAUAGUAAUUGAAUUGUAUGAUUGAA